AUGUAUGACAUCAAGAGCAGCAUGCGCUACCACAUGAAAAUCAUCCAUCUGCAACUGCAUCUGCGCACUUCGGAGAUGCAAUGUCGCAUCUGCGGCAAACAGUUCACCUGCAUCAGCGCGGUAAACCGGCACCAGCUCAAGUGCUCGGCCAAUUCAUCCGCUUCUGCCUUCCCUAGCCCGCAUCCUGUCCACGGCCCCCUCAGUGGUCGCGAUACGAACUACCACCCACAACAUCAUCAGCACCACCAUCACCACCACCAGCAGCAGCAACAUCAGGGUAAACAGACGUCGACAACGACCGCCCUCUCGGCAGAACCGCCAUCAGCAUUUGGUAAUUUCGGAUCGGCGGCGGCGGCUGCGGCCGCCGCCGCCGCUGCUGCUGCAGUUACAUCACCCGGUAUGCGGUGGAUGUUGGGUCGUCCAUCACUGUCCUCUGGUGGUACCGCAAUGCCCUUCUCCUUCCCGCCUGCCGCCUCAGCGGAGAGUUUCCAUUUGACGUGCGGCCCGGUGGCGGUCAGUCAGUCGCCUAGUGCGGCCGACUUUGCGGGCCCCCCGUUCACACAGGCCGGUUGUGACAUCUCCCCCACCAGUGUGGACGCUCUGCCCACCUUUCGAGGCGGUGAUCAAGCCGCCUUCAGUCGAUCCCCAUUGCAGCAUUCGGUGCAGAACCUGGUCGAGAGUGGGGCCAUGCCCCCACUGUCGAUCAAUGAGGUCCUCCUGGCGGCGACACUCGGUCGGACCAAUGGGGUGGCGACGAGCGAGGGUAAAGCGGCGCUGCGCUGCGGAGCCGAUGCGCCUGUCAGCUGUCUGACCAAUCCCGUGGCAGCUGCUGCCGCAGCGGCAGCGGUGGCCCAGGACCUCUUCUCCGCGUCUCCACAGUGCAAACGAUUGCGCAAGGCAGAGCAACCAGUACCGCCGAUGUACGAUCCUGGACUGAUGAAGAUGACAGAUGUUUUCUAUGAUCGCUUCCUGUCAGCGCCCGCGGACGCCUCCGCAAUUGAUCUCUCCCUCAAUGCCUCCAUGACCUGCUGA